AUGGAGCGCGGGCUGCACCUCGGCGCGGCCGCCGCGGGCGAAGACGACCUCUACCUGCACAAGAGCCUGAGCGCCUCCGCCGCCAAGCGCUUGGAGGCGGCUUUCCGCUCCACGCCCCCGGGCAUGGACCUGUCCCUGGCACCGCCGCCCCGGGAGCGCCCGGCGUCCUCCUCGUCGUCGCCCCUCGGCUGCUUCGAGCCGGCUGACCCCGAGGGGGCAGGGCUGCUGCUGCCGCCGCCCGGGGGAGGCGGCGGCGCGGGAGGCGGCGGCGGCGGCGGGGUGGGCGUCCCCGGGCUGCUCGUGGGCUCCGCCGGCGUGGGGGGCGACCCCAGCCUGAGCAGCCUGCCGGCCGGGGCGGCCCUGUGCCUCAAAUACGGCGAGAGCGCCGGCCGGGGCUCGGUGGCCGAGAGCAGCGGCGGCGAGCAGAGCCCCGACGACGACAGCGACGGCCGCUGCGAGCUGGUGCUGCGGCCCGGAGGCAGCGACCCGCGGGCCUCCCCGGGCGCGGGAGGCGGCGGCACCAAGGCGGCCGAGGGCUGCUCCAACGCCCUCCUCCACGGCGGCGCCGGCGCCCCCCCGGGGGCCCCGAGCAGCGGCGGCGGCGCGGGUAGCGGCGGCGGCGGCGGCGGGGGCAGCGGCGGCAGCAAGAAAUCCAAAGAGCAGAAGGCGCUGCGGCUCAACAUCAACGCCCGCGAGCGCCGGCGGAUGCACGACCUGAACGACGCGCUGGACGAGCUGCGCGCGGUGAUCCCCUACGCGCACAGCCCCUCGGUGCGGAAGCUCUCCAAGAUCGCCACGCUGCUGCUCGCCAAGAACUACAUCCUCAUGCAGGCGCAGGCCCUGGAGGAGAUGCGGCGCCUCGUCGCCUACCUCAACCAGGGCCAGGCCAUCUCCGCCGCCUCCCUGCCCAGCUCCGCGGCGGCGGCGGCCGCGGCCGCUGCCCUGCACCCGGCGCUUGGCGCCUACGAGCAGGCGGCCGGAUACCCGUUCAGCGCCGGGCUGCCCCCGGCCGCCUCCUGCCCGGAGAAGUGCGCCCUGUUCAAUAGCGUCUCCUCCAGCCUCUGCAAACAGUGCACGGAGAAGCCUUAA